AUGGAUCCAAUUUAUGAACUAUCGAACGAUCUUGAGAGAGUGAAAAUGGAGGAAAAUGAAGACAGAAUUAGCAACUUACCAAUCAGUCUUAUCGAAGAUAUCCUCUCUUCUCUUCCAGCAAAGUAUGCGGUGUCAACUAGUGUUUUAUCAACCAAAUGGAAGUAUCUUUGGACUUCCAUCACUAAUCUCGACUUCGAUGAUCAUGACACGCGAAUGCGAAUGCGACAUCAUGAAACGAGCUUCAUAAAUUUUGUCAACAGAGUUCUAAUGCGUAAUGUAUUAGAUUUGCAGAAAUUCAGUCUGAGAUGCACUCGGAAUUAUGAUGAUGUUUCACAUCUUCAUGCAUGGAUUUCUACCGCGCUAUCACGUAAUGUGCGUGAACUUCAUAUUUUCUACCAUAUGAAGGCCAACAAUGGGUUGCCUCGUGAGCUUUAUACUUGUACAAGUCUAGUGUUUCUUGAACUGUCUGGUGGAAUUGUUGUCAAUUUUCCUACUUUGGGGUGUCUACCGAGUCUUAAAAUCCUCCAUAUUUAUUCUAUUCAAUUUGUGGAUGAUGACUCAAUUUAUAGACUCUUUUCCAGCUGCCCUCUGCUUGAAGAAUUGUUUAUAACGAGUAAUGGUUGGAAAUAUUAUAUUAGUGUUUUUAACAUUUCUGCCCCAGCUCUUAAGAAAUUAAGAUAUAAGCAUUUCAGUGUUGGCAUGUAUAGGGCGCACAAGCUUGUGCUUAAUACACCCAAUCUUCAAGAUCUUGAAUAUACAGACAAUGUAGCAGAAGACUAUCCAGUGAAUACAUUACAUGCCCUUGUCAAUGCCGACAUUAAUUUAAAUACAACUCACAAUUAUGUUCCUGGUCGAUCUGUGGAAGUACUUGUUGCUGAAUUUCUUCAAGCAAUAUCUGAGGUUCAGUGUCCUGGUUUAUUUGGCGAUUCAAUGAAGAUCUUUCAGUCAUGCAGUGUUACCCUGCCAAAGUUUGAACAUUUGACUCAUUCGGAGCUUGCGGUUUCUCAUGGUGUUGAAUGGAAAUUCGUUCUGGAUUUUCUUGAAAGCUUGCCACAACUGGAAUGCCUUGAUAUUUUUUGGGUAAAACACUAUUUGUCUGGAUUAAUUCACUCUAUGGAGAGUUGUCAUGCUUAA